AUGCAAGCAAGGCAAGUCGAAUGGAUCGAAUCGAGCGAUUCGAUGGAAUGGACACCAAUUAAUUCCAUUCGACAACCCACAUUCAAAUGGUGGGUAACUCCAGAGGCAUUAAGCAUGCAAGCAAGGCCAGUCGAAUGGAUCGAAUCGAUCGAUUCGAUCAAAUGGACACCAAUUAAUUCCAUUCGACAACCCACAGUCAAAUGGUGGGUAACUCCAUGGGCAUUAAGCAUGCAAGCAAGGCAAGUCGAAUGGAUCGAAUCGAGCGAUUCGAUGGAAUGGACACCAAUUAAUUCCAUUCGACAACCCACAUUCAAAUGGUGGGUAACUCCAGAGGCAUUAAGCAUGCAAGCAAGGCCAGUCGAAUGGAUCUAA